AUGGACACGCCCAUCACAAGGACAGACGACGACGCACUGGCCGCACGGGCAAGCGCAGUCAAGUUGGGGUACUGGCAGGAUGACUACAUCAAGCACUUCUGCAAACAAGCAGACCGAAAGGCGCCCGUCAUCAAUCGUGGGACUUACUUGCGAACACGCGCUAUUGACCAGGCCUGCGCACGCUUCCUACAGCUGCCAGAGACAGGAACGAAGCAAAUUAUCAGUCUAGGGGCAGGCUCUGAUACACGCUUCUUUCGUCUGGCUCAGCCCUUUGUUGUGGAUGGCACAGACAUACCCUUCAAGUACCACGAACUCGACUUCCCACACGUCACACAGCGCAAGGCCAUGACGUUGACGACAAAGAAGGCGUUGAAGGAUGUGCUACAUUACCAGACAACCUGCACAGUGAAUGCGCGCGCUGGCAGUAUCUACAGCAGUCACUACAACCUGCAUCCAAUUGAUCUACGUUCCCUGCACGAGACGGAGCUGCCAGGGGUCGAUAUGAGUCUGCCCACACUCAUCAUCAGCGAAGUCUGCCUGAUUUACAUGGACUUGGAAAAAGCCGAUAGAGUCCUGUCCUGGACAAAACGAUUUACUAGCGCUGGCGUCGUGCUAUAUGAGCCCAUUGGUGGUAAUGAUGCAUUCGGCAAGAUGAUGGUGAAGAACCUGGCAAGCCGCGGACUACAACUCAAGACUCUUGAACAAUAUGCGACGCUCGCCUUGCAGCAAGAGCGGCUCUUGCACGUUGGAGGCAUGACACAUGCGCAGGCGAGCGAUAUGAAUGCCCUCGAGCGGGAUUUGCCGCAGGAGGAGCGAGAACGAAUUGCAAAAUUGGAGAUGUUUGACGAAGUAGAAGAAUGGAAGAUGCUUGCUGCCCACUACUGCUUUGCAAUUGGUUGGCGCGGGCCAUCGGCUGAGGCAAUGCUGUCGUUGAGAUGA